AUGGCGAACACGAAGCGGAAUAAAGUCCUCAUCAAGGGCUCUAUUCCCACAAUACAUGCAGUUGUGUCAGAAGUUUCGGUAGAAUUAACGGAUCGCAAGAAGCGUCAGGUAAGCAGUGAUUUUCAGUCAUCUUUCGAUAAGGUCAAACGUAAUCGAUCAGAAUUUAUUAUAUUUUGGCUAUAGUUGAGACGUGAUGUAUUGACAGAGUACGAGAUGGAAGCGAAAAAGAGGAAAGUCGAAGAGGCGAGAGCAUCAAGUUCUAACUCGUUAGAUUUUCACGAUGUUGUUGAUGAUAGAGUUGAGAAAAAUCCGUGCUCCGAUUCAAGUGACAUUCAUGAGAGCUCCAUCAAUACAAUUUCCACUGCAUCCAAUGUUACAAUUGCUGCUCCUCUUCUGGCAUGUACCACCCAUUUGACUUCACCAGUUGCCUCAACAUCCGCAAAUAUUAGCUGUACAACGUUGAUCAGUGAAACACCUCUCUCCGCUGUUACUCCAUUCCGAAUCUUAACUCCACUGCAUGGCAGCUCUUGUGUAGACUGCAUGCACAAAUAAAAAGUGAGAACCUUGCAGAAACAAGUUAGGCGCUUGAAGACCGCAGUGAAAGAACAGAAAAAGGAGAUAAGGGAGCUAAGAAGUGUGAGUACUGAAAUAAAUCAUCUUAUUAUUUUGUUUAUUCUCUUGUACCUUCGCAUCAUGUAGAAAAUCAUUGUCCAUAUUCAACACGCAUUAAUACAUUAUUAUGCUGUGAAUUACUCAAACAUACAUGUUUAAGGAUUUUUCAUUCAUGAAGACAACAACUUUUGAAUCCCCUUUGAUGGUUUGCACUAAACAGAAGGUGACUGAAACAGAAACUGAGGAGGAAAAUGUCAUAGAGGAGGAACGUGGGCCUGAGGAUUUGUUUGUUUGGUCAAGCGCUUGGAGUGAUACAGAAACAGAAACAAAGGAUGGGGAUUGGAAGUUGUAGAGGGGCUCCACAGAUUCCACUGGAGAGGAUGAGACUGAAGAAGAUCCAUCAGAUGAAGAUUUAGAGAAGGAUAUCAGGUGGGUACUAUUCGUAACAACCUUCUUUGCUUUAUUAUAUUCAUAAUCUUUUUCUUAAAUAAUGAAAUGCAUUCAUUUACUUCUAAAAUAUAAUUUUCUGCUCCAUUUUAAAGACUGUUUUUAUGAUUACUCUGGAACAUAUGGGCAUAUCCUCUUGCAAACCAGACUUGAAAAAUAAUGGAGAAUUGCUCAAAUUGCACACAGUCACUUUCAAUAUCUUCAAAGCAACCAGGAAAUAUAGUAGAUAGGCAUCAAAGUAAAUAAUUGGACAUCAUAUGAUUCAAAUGACCAAGACACACUUUAAAUUUUGCAGAGUUGAUUCUGACACUCCUGGGUAUGAUGAACCCAAGUUCAUCAUGUUCUACAGCAUGCUGUUGCAACUGUUUACAAUGUUCUGUUUCAACUGCAAAGGAAAUUCUCCAAAAGCUAGAAUGAGGCAGUGUGGAACCCUGGUCAAAGUGACUCAGACUUGUUCACAAUGUCACCAAGAGUACUCUUGGAAAUCACAACCAACUGUUCUGGGAAAAUUCCUUGCUGGUAAUAUCCUAUCGAAUUCUGGAGUCUUGGUGGCUGGUGCAUCUAUAAGCAAGGUCUUGCUGGUGUUCCGUCAUAUGGAGCUCUGUGGAUAUUCUGGCUGCACCUUUUUUCAACAUCAAAGAUCUUUCCUGCUCCCUGCUGUCCUUCUAUACUGGGAAAGAUAUCAGGCUAAUCUGAUAGAGAGUAUAAAGAAGAUAAAAAAUGUGGCUUGGAGUGGGGAUGGCAGGUUUGACUCCUUGGGGCACUCUGCCAAAUAUGGAGUGUACACAAUGUUUUGUACCACAAUCUUGAAGGUUGUCCACUUUGAAUUAGUUCAGGUAAGUUUUGUAUGAAUACUGGUUAUUAGUGUAUACCACACAGGUGAAUAGUGCUUUUCAUGUGUGCUGAUUGGCUAGUUGGAAGUGGCUAGCAGAUACUAUUCACCUCCUCAACUGAAGAGACAAACAUGUGUCUCAACAAUGUAAUUUUUCAAACCUUUUCUUGGUUUCUGGGUUUCUGUGUAGUAUAUACCUAAAUAAUUAUGAUAUAAAUUAUGGGUUCCCUGAAAUGGAAUGGUCUGAUGAAUAAUUUACAAAAUGAUAAUGAUAUUAAUAAUAAUAAUAAUAAUAAUAAUAAUAGUAAUAAUAAUAAAAAUUACAAGAACCCAUGAUUUGUAUGGUAUUUCCUGGUGGUUUGAUAACCUUUAUUUUCUUGUUUGUCUCAGGCAAAUGAAACUGGAGGCAGUCAGCAGACUGAACUGGAAGGAGCGAAGAGGUGUCUUCCUUUUUUGUAGCAGCUUGGUUUGCUAAUUGGUAUUUUUGUGUCAGAUAGGCACAGAGGCAUUGCAAAAUGGAUUAGGGAGAACUGUGUCAACACCAAGCACUAUUUUGAUAUAUGGCAUGUGGCAAGAUCACUAGGGAAAAAGUUGUUGGCUCUGAGUAGAGAGAAAGGAUGUGAAAUUAUAAAAGAGUGGAUGAAGGGAAUAAGAAAGCAUCUCUACUGGUGUGUAACCUCAACAAAGGCUGGGUUUGAGUCCCACAUCCUUGCCACAGGGAAUUCAUUAUUGCGUCAUGUCAGCAACAAGCACAAUAACCACCCAGAUCCACUUUACAAACAGUGCUGUCAAUGACAGCUUGAACCCAGGAGGUGGAUUAGAGUUGGUAUGAACAUCAAUAAUAUACUGCAUAUCUUUUUCAACUUGCCAUUGCCAGUUCUGUUUUUGUUUACAAUACCCCUUAGGCAAAUAACUUAAUCCACUGUUGUCAACAAACUAGACCAUUGUGUAAUUUCUUGCGUAUUUACCUUUAACAGGAACUGAAGCAUUUGACAAACUGAAACUGCCGUUGACCAAGAAAAUGUUACUGAAUGACAUAAAGAAACUUUCACCAGAUGCCCAGACAAGUUGCCUUAAAGGCUUCCAUGCGACCUUGAACUAUUGGCAUCCUAAAAUGACUUGUUUUACUUGGCUGGGGACUCUCAGCAGGUAA